AUGACAAAACAUACUACAAUAUCAUUAUUAUUUACCCUGCUAACAAUUGUUUCUGUAAGUUUACCUUUUCUCAACUAGAGCUAAACUAGAGCUUUUCUCAACUUUUUUAAAAACCUGUUUACUAAGUUUAAGGUUUCAUUUUUUGCAAAAACUAUAUUGAAAUGUCAAAACUUCAAGAUCCAAAACUUUUUAUUAAUUAGUUUACGUUAACAUUGUGACAUUUGUCAAAAACUUUUAACAAUCAACCUGUCAAUAAUUUUGUUUUUGAUUAUCUUCUGACAAAUAACGGAAAAAAUAGCUGAAAUUGGGGCUGAAGAGCCGUUUGAAAGGGCUAAUCUUGUUAUAGAUAAUCAGAUAGUUUUUGUAAAAAACAGUCAGAAAAAGGGAAAUUAUGUUUUAAAAGUAAAAUUUUUGUUAUCAUAAAUAUUACUACAAAAUUUGUUUUAAAUUUUAAAUCUUUAGCUUGUUUUUAAAUUAAAAUUAAAAACUUUUUAAAUUUUUAAAAUUUAUAUACAGUUCUGGACAAAAAUAAAUAUUUUUGCAACUUUUAUUGUAACAAUUUCGACUGUAAAACGAUAAAAUUAAUGAAAACACAUAAAUAAUUGAUCGGAAAAGUGUGAUUGACCGAUUUAUUAUUCUAAGAAUGUGAUAUAUUGCUCAACGUUCAAUUUUUUCAUUAUAAAAUGUAGUUUAGCAAAAGGGAAAUUUACAGUAAAAUGACAUUUUGAUACAAAAAUUUACUGAUGUAAGAUGCAAAUUAUAUUUUUGGCCCUAGGACAAAUGCGGUUUUUAGACACUUGCGGAUCUUCGGUUUUUGGACACUUGCGGGAUUUUGGACAUUUGCGGAUUUUUUAAAGGGGUUUUUUUUAUUUUUUAUUUAACUUAGUUGUAGUAUGGUACUAAAUGGUACUAAGGUUUAAAUUGGCACUGUCUUAAUAUUUCUUAAUGUUAAAUAGUACUAAAUUUUUAAUCGGUACUGUUUUUAUAUUUUUGGUACUAAAUAGUACUAAAAGCCCAAAAAGGUACUAUUAUGUUAAAACCGUACCAAUUCAAACUUUAGUACAAUUUAGUACCAUAAUACAGCUGAAUUAACUAAGAAAUAAACAAAAACCUUUAAAAUCCGCAAGUGUCCAAAAACCGAAGAUCCGCAAAUGUCCAAAAACCGCAUUUGUCCUAGCGCCAUAUUUUUAUAUUAAGCAAUGAAAAUAUUGUUCAAUCCCUUUACGAUACACUUAUCUUCCUUUAACUUCCCUAGCCUUGUCCUACCCUAGCCCUAGGGUAGCUUUUCAUUUAUUCCAUCCUACCUUACUCUUGCCUUACCGUUGUCUUAACCCUGACUGAUUCCUGACUGACCUCUGCUUUACUUCUGCCCUCGCCUUAUCCUAACCUUGCUCUACCACUGCUUUACCUCUUUCUUAUCCUUGCUCUGUUCUACUCUUUUUUUACUGUUGCCCUACUUAUUCCCUACUCUUUUCCUAACCUUAUAGUAGCUUCACCUUAACCCUACACUACUCCUGUCUCGCCCUGUCCCACUCCUGUUUUACCUCUGUCCGACUCUUGCUCUACCCCUGACCCAUCCUUGACCUACCUUGCCUUACCUCUGCCCUAUCUAUGCUCUACCCCUGUCCCAGCCUUACAGUAUUUUUACUCUAAUCUUAUUAUAACCCUGACCCUGCCUUACAAUCUUUAGGUCUAUCACAUCCCAUUUAAAAAAUAUUUUUAAAAAUUUUAGGCCAACCCAUUACCAAAACCAAGACCAUUUAAAUGUGCUGGAGAAACUGAUCGAAUUUGUGAAACCGGAUUCUGUUACGAUGCUCUUGGAUUCUAUGAGGUAAUUUUAUGAAAACAUAAAGAUUUUUUUGUAAAAUACGUCGAUUAAAAACACAAUAUUUUACAAAAAAAUUUAAAAAACGUUUGCAAAAUUUUCUGAAAUCUUUAGGGAGAAAAGAACGUUGGAUGUGCACCACCAGACAUGUGCAAAGAAGUGGGUUGUCUGAUGUAUAAUGAUGUGUUCACUUGUUGUUGUGCCAACCGAUUUUGUAACGGGAAAACUGAAAGUUUAAUGUGGUCCAAGUUCAGAAGGUUUAAAGACAACAACAAUGUGUGGCCGACUUUCUUCCCUCGGCUGCACGUUCGAAACGUCACAACUGGUAAGAAAUUAAUUUUUUUUACUUUAAAAUAGUUUUUAAAUUUUAUAUUUUAAAAGAUUUUAAAAUUAAGGCUUAUUAAAAAUAUUUGCAGCUCCAGAACAACCAGCUUCUGCCUCAGAAGCCAGAUUGAGCCCAAUGAAGACAACGACUUCAUUCCCAGACAAACCAACUACUUUCGGUACGACAGUGAAGAAGAUCGAGUACGUUCAACCUACUACAUUGCCAGAAUAUACUACAAGGACUACACAGAAGCAAACAGAAGCUACUACUACUACUUCUAAAGCUACUACACUUAAAAGGGUUGAAACGUAGGUUUAGAUAUUAAUAUUUUUUGAUUUUGUGAAUUGUACUAUACCCUACCUUUCUCUAAUCGAAUGUACUCUUCUUUGCCCUACCUUACUCUAACCUGUUCUACCUUAUUUUAUCACACUCUAUCCUAUCCUACUCUAUACUAAUUUAAUGACAUAAUUUUAGAACAACAGUAAAAGCCACACCCCAACCAACGACUACAACCACCACCACAACAACAACAAAAGUAGUACCAACAACAAAAGUGGAGCCAAAAAUAGUGAAUCCAAUUGAAGAAGACAAAGACUUUGACGAUGAAGAAGAAGACGAUGAAUUCGACCUUCGAACAACAAGAUCUAACACUAAUCGACCAACAACUUCGCCAACUACAACUAGAAAAGCGACCACCAAAAGCCGUCGACCAUCUUCUACACACCCAACUUACGUUCCAGCUACAGCGGCGCCAGUGAUUCCGCCAAAACAGCGUGAAGCUCAUGUUCAGAAGGCUUUCCCAUGGUAUUACGUUACAAUUAUUGGCUUCAUAAUAUCAUGUAUAUUGUUUGGAAUUGCCGUUUUCUUCAUCAGGAGGUAUAGGAUUCAGAAGGCAGCUGGCAAUCGACGUCAAUCUGGAGAUUCUGCUCCAAAUUCAUCGUUGGAUUCGAGUCGAGUGUCAGAUUUGGGUAAUCUACAAGCUAAUGAGCAUGCUCGUGAACCUAUUGAUCCACUGUUGAGGAAUUCUUAG